AUGCAAGUCUCGAUCUGCGUUCUGACGAACUUCAUUUUCCAGCGAACCUGCCCUACCCCAGCUGGUGUUGGCCUGGGUCGUGGUGCUGCCGUUCCCCGCGGCGGAUAUGGUGGCUUUGCACGAGGCGGCUUCGCCGGCGGUCCGCGCCCCGCAACCUGCUACAAGUGUGGAGGACCUAACCACUUUGCGCGCGACUGCCAGGCCCAAGCCAUGAAGUGCUACGCCUGCGGCAAGCUCGGCCACAUUUCUCGCGAUUGCACCGCGCCCAACGGUGGACCGCUCAACACCGCUGGAAAGACCUGCUACCAAUGCGGUGAGGCUGGUCAUAUCUCGCGCGACUGCCCGCAGAAGGUCGCCAAUGGCGAGAUUCCCAACGAUGUUGUCGACCUUAACGCUACGGCCACUUUGGCGCCGCCUGUCGCUCCAUUGGCCCCCGUUGCCUAA